AUUAAGAGAGAAAUCAAGGUUACUGUCAAAAACUGAAUAUGAAAGAAGCCGGCUUGGCCGGCUUAUGAUGUGCGCCUACCUGAUUUUGCUUGCAAGGGAAAGGCCAACGAAAUCCCUCUCUUUGCGGUCAAUUCCUUAAAAAAGGAGAUGAAUUCUAUCAGUAUCUCUUAUAAUACCAAUACCAAACUCUGGUUAUUUUAUUCCCCCACAAAACCCAGUUGUAUAACCAUUAACCACUUCGAUCAUUGUGUAUUAUUCGAGUUUAAUAGAACCAAAAGACAAGCACGAAAAGAGAUGGUGGGUCAUGAGGACCAACAGCUUGGAGGAGGAGGAGAAGACCUCUCUCUUGUUCACCCCGACCCUCUUGUGUUAGAGCUGAAUCGGCUGCAGAACCUACUCAAAGAGAAGGAUCGGGAGUUGGGAUUUUCCCAGGGGGAAAUAAAGGCGUUAAGAGCCACUGAAGUAUUGAAAGAUAAAGCUAUUGAAGAGCUCAGGAAUGAAGUUGGCAAAUUGGAUGAGAAACUUAGUGCCACUGAAAAUCUUCUUGAACAUAAGAAUCUUGAGAUCAAGGAACUGACUAGUGAGAAGAAAGAUGCAUUGGCUUCCCAAUAUGCAGCAGAAGCAACCCUUAGAAGGGUGCAUGCUAAUCAAAAAGAUGACGAUUCUGUUCCACUUGAGUCUGUCAUUGCUCCUCUCGAGGCAGAGAUCAAAUUGUAUAAGAAUGAGAUUGCAGCAUUACAAGAGGAUAAAAAAGCUUUGGGACGCCUCACUAAGUCAAAAGAAUCAGCUUUGCUUGAAGCGGAGAGGAUCUUGCGAAGUGCUCUGGAGAGAGCAUUGGUAGUUGAGGAGGUCCAAAACCAGAAUUUUGAGCUCAAGAGACAGAUUGAGAUCUGCCAGGAAGAGAACAAAAUCCUUGAGAAGACCAAUCGCCAAAAGGUUUUAGAGGUUGAAAAGCUUACCCAAACCAUUCAGGAACUUGAGGAGGCUAUUCUUGCUGGUGGGGCUGCAGCCAAUGCCAUUCGUGACUAUCGACGACAGAUUUCUGAGCUGCAAGAAGAAAAGAGGACAUUGGAGAGGGAGUUUGCGAGAAUUAAAGUCUCAGCAAACAGAGUAGCAACUGUUGUGGCUAAUGAAUGGAAGGAUGAAAAUGACAAAGUCAUGCCUGUGAGGCUGUGGCUGGAAGAGAGACGGCUGCUGCAGGCAGAGAUGCAUCGAUUGAGAGACAAGCUAGCUAUAUCAGAGAGAACAGCCAAAGCAGAAGCACAGUUGAAGGCAAAAUUGAAGGUGAGGCUAAAGACACUAGAAGAAGGUUUAAGGCAUGUGUCCAGUUUUUCUGUCAAUCCGGAUACUUUUAGUGGGUCACCUAAAACAGAAAAGUCCAAUAACAUCUUUGGGUUUCUGACAAACAAUUCUGGAGUAAGGAAAAGGUCUUCAUCACAGCCAAGAGGUUCCACCAUAAGUAGAGUCUCUCUCUCACAGCAUCCGAGUCUAGGAAAUGAAGCAGAACGAAAGCAAGCCAAUAAUAUACAUAAGAGAAGCACUUCUGGGGAAAAUAUGCUGAGGAAAAGUCUAUGGGCAUCUAAAAGUAAAAUUGUUGAUAGUAGUGGAAAGGAGAAUACCCAAAUUGAGAGGAAUAUGGAUGUCAAUCUUGAUAAGUUCAAGGAUGACGAAACAACUACAACAAUCUUGGCUGAAACGAAAAACAAAAGUGGUGGCAAUGAAGAGACACAAAAUAAGAGAAAUCCCAAAGAUCAAGAGAUCUUGCCAGAUGGUGAAGAUACGGUUUCAGGGUUUCUGUAUGAUAGACUUCAAAAAGAAGUCAUAAACCUAAGGAAGGCUUGUGAAGUUAAAGAAGAUAAUUUGAAUGCUAAGGAUCAAGAAAUCAAGAUGCUCAUGAAGAAGGUAGAUGCACUGACAAAAGCCAUGGAAGUGGAGGCCAAGAAACUAAAGAGAGAAGCAGCAACUAGAGAAAAGGAAGCCUCAUCAAUGAAAGUGGAUGAUAAUAAGAAGAUAAGAAACAACAUAAACUCCUCUAAAAGCAGACCGAGCAAAGCAUAUUGAAGAUUUGUUGCAAGGGUAGAUGAAAGCAAUCUAAUAUUUAUUCGAUUCUUCAUCCAAAUCUUCCUAUUCUUCAAUGAAAAUGCGGAAUUGAUUAACGCUUCUAUCUAGUAGAAAUAAAGUUCUAAUUUCAUCCCAGCACAGAACUAAGUGUGUUUUUCUGAGCUGAAUCCCAUUAUCUUCAGCUUGAAAUGUAUUCAAAUGUUGUGCAAUUCUAUAAUUUCAAAAUCUUU